AGCUGACAGAGUCAAUCAAUCUGCUUCCUCCGUCUCUGCUUCAGUGCUUCAUACAGGAAAUCUAUUGCUGUGUCAAGUUCCAGAGAAGAGUUUCUUUCAUUCCAAGUUGCCAACCAGUCUCAGACACAGAGUUGAAGCAAGAGGCCAGAAGAAAAGGAGUGUCCUGCUGCAGAUGGGCUAAGACGAUCCAGCACAGAGCAGCUGACCAGAGAGAGCCUCGCCAUGUCUGCAGUUCCUCUUAUACCUGUGUGGAGGCAAAGUACCAAGUAAAGGGCAGAAAGCAAGACAUCAGAAAUGCCCUGCACUUUGGGGACUUUUGGCCUAUGGCUUCUACUGAUUUUGACUGUCUCCUUAGUGGCUGAAACGAGAACUCUGGUUACACCAAGCAACGGAUUAAGGCCAAAAAUGAGCAAGGACAAUGACAGUGCAGUUUCAACAAACAGUUCACUUAUGGACAGACAACAGAGUAAUUUCAUACUUCCUGUGGAAGCUAACACUUCCCUGUCUGUACCUGUGGAUACAAAGGCUGUGCUCUCUUGCCCUCCGAUCACCCAGAAAGCUGUGCUGGUAACAAUAAGAUGGGAAAUAAUCCUCAGAGACAAGCCUUCCUGCACCAGAGCCUACAGGAGAGAUACAAAUGAGACCAGGACCAUAAACUGUAGUGACGAGACAAUAUCCUGGGACCCCAGACCUGAUCGGAAUCCCGCCCUUCAGAUCGAUCCAGUGGCCAUCACUCAUGAUGGAUAUUACAAGUGUGAAGUGGUCACAACUCAUGGGCAUUUCUAUCAUGGAUAUCACCUGAAAGUGUUAGUGCCCCCCGAGGUGACCCUGUUUCAACUUGAGAAUGGAACUAUCCUGUGUAGGGCAGCUGCAGGGAAGCCAGCGGCGCAGAUCUCCUGGACCCCAGGGGGAGAUUGUCACACUGUGGAAGAGCCACUGGGCAAUGACACAGUGACCGUCCAGAGUUCGUGCUGCUGGGAGGACCACCGGGUGUCUAAUGUGUCCUGCUCUGUGUCCCAUCUGACUGGCAACAGGAGUCUGUCCAUUGAGAGGAAUUCAGGAGUCCAGUCAGCAGUAUAUGUCAAAACUGUAUAUAUCAUCUUGCCUGUUUUGAUUAUCUUGGUCAUUGUGGUAUCCAUUUGCCUUUGGAAAAUCGGUGUCUGCAGAAAAUGCAAAUUAAAAAAAAGAGAAGCUAAUUCAGUUGCUGAGGAGGAUGAAAUGCAGCCCUAUGCCAGCUACACAGAGAAGAACAAUCCACUUUAUGAUACUGUGAGCCAGGUGAAGAGGUCUGAGGUGUUACAAAAUGAAGCUGAUGGGCUGUGUCUCCAUACUUCAUACAUUACUGGAAUCUAGCACUAGGCCAAAGGAAGAAAGUACAGUACAGCUACCAUGUUUAUUUUCUUGGUGUUCUACAAUGCAAAACCUAUUUUGAGAUUAGCUUUUCAAAGAUUCUGAGAAGAUAGAGACUUUUAAAGUGUGUGCUUCCAUAUCCUUACUUAUACAAUUGAUAUUUUAGAAUGUGAGCUGCUAUUAACUAGUUCUUUCAAGAACUGAUAUCAUUACAAAGAAAGCAAAUGCUCAUGAUAAAAUAUUCUAAUUGCUUAGUACAGUAGAUAAUGAAAACUGAGUUUCCUCAAGAAAGAACUCUGCAGAAGGAACAACCAUCAACAGCUUUUAUGUGUCCUCCAGAAAAUUUUGUGUACAUACAUAUGCUGAAGGUAUGUAUGUGUGUACAUUUAUAA